CGUUAUGAUUUUUUUAUUUGCCUGCAUGUUCCAAAAUUAAAAGUUGAGAGUAAAUUUUCAGUUGUUAAAAAAAUAUCUAAUUAUUCAUUUACUUAUACCACGGAUUAACAUUUUAAGACAAUCAAGUCAUCAGUUUCAUUAUUCAUGAAUCGAUGUUAUCUCUAAAAAAUUGUUUUAUUUUUAUAAACGACCUGCAGCGCCAGGUCAUUGUGUUUACAAACACGAUGUGACCAUGUGAACAGAUAAGUUAUGGGAACUGUGAAUAAAACUCCUGUUCGAGGAAGCUUUUCAUUCAUCUGGUGAAGUGCUGGCGGUAGAUUCGAUUUAUAGCUUGAUCUCUUAUUGAAACUUCGAAAGCUUUGAAUAAUGUCGAAAUUUUUAGCGCCGUUAGAACUUACGUUAGCUAUUAUUAAACCUGACGUCUGUAGAAAUCCUUAUAAUCUGCAGUUGAUAAGGCAAAUAAUUUUGGAAAACAAUUUUUAUUUUGUGGACACGAGGGUAACACAGUUGAAUCCUUCUGAAGCUGAAAAGUUUUAUGCUGAACAUAAAAAUAAAUUUUUCUUCAACAGACUAUCAACAUUUAUGUCAAGUGGUUUAUUGUCUGCUCAUGUACUUGCUAGAGAAAAUGCUAUCAAACAUUGGAGAGACCUUAUGGGUCCAACUCAUGUUUAUAAAGCCCAGUUUGAUGCUCCUCAUUCAAUAAGAGCAAGGUUUGGUCUUACAGAUACAAGAAAUGCUUGUCAUGGUUCAGAUUCUCCCGACACAGCUCGAAGAGAAAUUUCUUUCUUUUUCCCAGAUUUCAAUAUGGAUGACUUUUUUAAAUACCACGAAGAAACUUUCCGAAAUAAUGAUGUAGUGUUUGAUGCAGCACGUUGGAUUCACAAAAUCAGAGAUGCUAAAGCACAGCAAAUUUAAAAAUGUGCAUUUUUACUGAUUUAGGGCUUUGCUAAGCUUAUAGAAGAUGACUGCUGGUGCCUGUGGCACUGAUUUGGUUUUAUGAAUAUUAUAUGUUAUUUAUUUUUGUAUCUUGUUAAAGCGACCAUUUGUAUAUUUAGUCUAUUUGCUUAACUGAUGUUGUGAAUUUUAUCAAAAUGUGCUGGGUAACUGCAUCAAAAAUUUAGAUUUGAUGUAUUGUGAAAAAAAAAAAAAAAACAAUUUUAUUACCAACUAUUGUUCCUAAAGAAUAUGUACUUUUCUUUAUUUGCUUUAACAUAUCCUGUGAUUUACUGUUCUCCUAAUUUUAUGUUUUUGUAUAAGUACUAUACCUAUCAUUUUUUAUUAUUGUUUUUCUUGUAAAUGAACAUUUUAAGUUCAUUCUCAUGUUUUUAUCUAUGUUCAUAUGACUUAAUAUUUUUGUAAAUAAAAGCUUCAUUAAUCUCA